CUAUAUACAGGUGAGCGACCUCAGGGCCAUCAUGGCCCUCUUGUUUUCUUAUAGCUGUGCAGCCAUGUGGAAUGUUUGAUAAAGACAAGUGUCAGAUCAGUUACCUCAUACUCUGUGAGAAUGAUACAAUACAUCUACAUCUUGCCAAAAAUAAACUUUGUGUGAGUCCCCCGGACCCACUUCUGAUAGCGUUGCCUGUCCUGGGAGGUAUCAUUGGGGUCGGACUUUUACUGUUGAUCAUCUGGAAGAUUCUCACCUCUUUCUACGAUAAAAUUGAGUAUGCAAAAUUUGAACACGAGAUACAGGAUCCCAAAUGGAGCAAGACUGACAAUCCAAUUUACAAGACACCAGUGACAUCCAAUCAAAAUCCUGUUUACAAAGGAACUGUUGAUGAUUAGAUAUGUAUUUGUAGAAUGUGAUAAAUCUGACAAUUAGCGAGUUAUACCUUGGUUUUGACUGAUGUACUGAAAUGAAAUCUAUAGAUAAAACAUGUUAAAUAACAAAUUUUUAAGUGAUUUUUAAAGAAAAGGAAGAGAUUAUAUGAGCCGCGUCAUGACAAAACCAACAUAAUAAUUAAGUUUGCGACCAGCAUGGAUCCAGACCAGCCUGCGCGUCCGCGCAGUCUGAUUAGGAUCCAUGCUGUUCGCUUACACACCCUAUUACAAGUAGAGAAACUGAUAGCGAACAGCAUGGAUCCUGAUCAGACUGCGCGGAUGUGCAGGCUGGUCUGGAUCCAUGCUGGUCGCAAACCCAUUAUGUUGGUUUUGUCGUGACGUAGCUCAUAUGUACUCACUCACACACAGGCGUCGGUGACGGCGUCGGCGUCACAAUUUGGUAUGUAGAACCAUAUUUAACAAACCGAAACAUUUUUUAUCCUACAUCAAGGUAUUAAUUGUAUGUAAAGUCGAUUUUUUAAAGAAAAAAUAACGCCUGAAUAAAUGAUUUUGUAUGUAUACUCGAUUUUGGCACCUAAAUCAAUGAUAUUAUACGCAGAUUCGAUUUCCCUCGGCCUGAAAAGAGACUAAAUAAAUGCAAAUGAUUUUGAAUGUAGACUCAUUUUUCCCGCCCGAAUGAUUGAUAUCGUAUGCUAACUUGAUUUUCUUCCGUCUGUAUAAAUUAUUUUUUAUGUAGACUCAUUUUCCCGACCGAAUCAAUGCUGUAAAUAUUAUAUGUAAAUUUGCCUUUUUUUCUGCCAGAAUAAAUGAUUUUGUAUGCUGACUUUUUUGCCCGGCUAAAUCAAUGAUAUUGCAGGUAAAUUCGAUUGCACGAUUUUGAAUGCACAUGUACUUCAUGUAAUUUUAUUCAUCCGCCCGAACCAAUUGUAUUGCCAGCAAAAUAUUUUUACACCGGGAAUCCAUUGAGAAUUAAAGGUAUUGAAUGUAGAAUGAUAUUGUGUAAAAACGUGUUUUUUAUCCAGAAUCAUAGAUACUAUAUAAAUUUUUGAUAAUUUUAGAAUCAAAGAUAAUGUAUGUAGAAACGUUUUCCGCUAAAUUCAAAGAUAUUAAUUUAUAUGUAGAACAGUAUUGUAUUGAAACAUUUUUUAUCCUUAAUCAAUCUUUUUGUAUGUAGGGUAGAAUUUUUUCCCACCUGAACAUAUGACACUAUAAUCAUGUGGAAGUGUUAUUUUCUUUUCCUUUGCCAGAUUUCUAGCAUUACAUCUUAAUAUGAAAAUGCUUGCGUCUAAAAUAAUUUGCUGCGGAGUUUAAGAUUUUUGAUAUAAACAAAACUUAAAGUUGUGAGUUUUUUUUUACAAACAUUCUUAUUAUGUCUCAUAUUUUGUCUUCAUAAUGUCUGUCAGUUUAUACAUGUGUUUGAUUAUUGUACAUAUCGUUUGAUUGUCUGUGCAAGUUGUUUCUAUUAUUUAAACGUCAGAAAAACUCUGUUUUACCAAACAUAUAUUUGAUGUACAUUGUAUGUGGAGUUCAAUUGUGCCGCGUCAUGACAAAACCAACGUAAUGGGUUUGCAACCAGCAUGGAUCCAGACCAGCCUGCACAUCCGCGCAGUCUGAUCAGGAUCCAUGCUGUUCGCUUACAAACCCUAUAACAAGUAGAGAAACUGAUAGCGAACAGCAUGGAUCCUGAUCAGACUGCGCGGAUGCGCAGGCUGGUCUGGAUCCAUGCUGGUCGCAAACUCAUUAUGUUGGUUUUGUCAUGACGCGGCUCAAUUUUUAGUUCGACUUUUCGAAGAAUAGGUAUUGUACUCACUAAAGAGUCAGCCUCCUAGUCACACUUUUGUUAAGUUUUUUUUUGCGUCACCAAAACUACAAAAAGAGAAUGGGUUGAAACUUCAGAGCAUAAGGAGGCCAGUGUCU